AUAUAUAAAUGGAGAGCUAGAGCUAGAGCUAAGUAAGGAUGUGUAGCAGCAAGAACAAAAUAAAAACGAUGGAGUUCAGCGAUGGAGAGAGCAGAAAUUAUCUGCUUGAAGCUCAAGCUCAUAUAUGGAAUCACACAUUCAACUUCAUAAAAUCCAUGUCAUUGAAAUGCGCAGUUGAGCUUCACAUCCCAGAUAUCAUCCACAGCCAUGGCCAACCCAUGACUCUUUCUGAGCUCAUUUCUGCUCUACAAAUCAACCCAUCAAAAUCCCACCACAUCAAUCGCCUUAUGCGUAUUCUUGUCCACUCAGGCUUCUUUUCUUUGCAGAAACUUGGUGAUAAUCGCCAUGAAAAUGGCUACUUGCUUACCAAAACUUCUCUUCUCCUCCUCAAGGACCAUCCUCAAAGUGCUAGACCACACGUGCUCGCAGCUCUUGAUCCUAUUCUUACAGAACCAUCGCACUUCUUGAGUUCUUGGUUCCAAAAUGAUGAUCAUCCAACUCCAUUCAGUAUUGCACAUGGGGAAACAUUCUGGGAUUUUGCCAGUCAUGAAGCUAAGUUUAAUAGUUCCUUUAAUGAAGCCAUGGCUAGUGAUAGCUCACUGGUUAUUGAAGUUUUGGUUAAUGAUAGCAAGUGUAAGGAGGUGUUCAAGGGCUUGAAUUCACUUGUUGAUGUAGGAGGCAGCACAGGAAUUAUGGCCAAGGCCAUUUCUGAAAAAUUCCCAAACAUGAAGUGCACUGUGUUGGAUCUCCCACAUGUGGUUGCUGGCUUGCAAAAUGACAAGAACUUGAAUUUUCUUGCAGGUAACAUGUUUGAUUAUAUUCCUCCAGCAGAUGCAGUCCUGCUAAAGAUGGUAUUUCACAUAAUGGAGGAUGAAGAGUGCCUGAAAUUAUUGAAGAAAUGCAGAGAGGCAGUAAUUGGUAAAGGAGAGAGGCCAGGGAAGGUGAUAAUUAUAGACAUAGUAAUGGGGGAUGAAAAUUGUGUGAAAAAAUCAAGUGAAACAAUAGAGCUUUAUGAUCUGGACAUGAUGGUGCUGGUCUCUGGUAAGGAGAGGAACGAAGAAGAGUGGGCUAAGCUUUUUUUUGAAGCAGGAUUCAGCAGCUAUAAAAUAAAUCCUGUUCUUGGCCUGAGAGCUAUCAUUGAGGUUUAUGCUUGAAUUCAUCUUCUUGUUUUUAUUUUAAUGAAAUUAAUUUUCUUCAA